AUGGCAUCACCAAUUAAUCCGAUCUAUAUAAAUAUUGGCGAAUCCAUACCGUCGUCACCAAUCACCUCUAAACAUCGAGUUGAAAAACCAGUUCUUACAACAGCGACAACAGAUGUUCCUAUGAAAGAAUCAAAGGAAACGCCUUGUGAAGAUGAGGGAUGUGUAAUGGCUUGUAGAACUAUAUUUAUAAAGAGCAAAAGAGUUUUUGAGAUCCUUACAUAUUUCCGACUAGCUGUCGCUAUAACCCUUUAUAUUUUGAUUACCAUUGAUUUGAUUUCUAUAAAACAAAAGAAGGAGAAAGUGUUUUGGGUUAUCAAUGCCGAAUUUACACUUCUGACAAUUAUAGCGCAUCCAAAAAGAAUUAUUAAUUUACCGAGAGCAAUAAAAAUAUGUAUCGCUAGUAGAUACCUAAAUUAUCGACUUAGUGACCUAUUUCCACCGAACAUAAAAGAAACUCAAAAGAAUGUUUAUAGAAGUUAUGAUUGGUAUUUAUAUGAGGCGACAAAAGCUGAUUUAAUAUGUUCGCCUAGAAAACUUUUGGUUGUCCUCUUGUUUUGGAAUGUAGGAAGUUUGGUGCAAUACGGUAUAUGUGUCAUCUUGUGGUUUUUUCCGCAACAAGAACGACCUAUGGAAAUUUAUAUUACCUUAAAUGCGGUAGCAUUAAUAUGUGAAAUCUUUCCUAUUCCUCUCGUAGUAAAACAAUAUAAAAAGACCAUAAAGGCUAGGAGAUCUACUAGUAAUAGAAGAUAUAUUCGAUAA